AUGAAGGCGGAAAUCUUGCUCCUUCCCUUUGUCUUGGGAUCUGCUCUCGCUAGUGAGGAAGCAUGGGUACAUAAAAGAGCUGUCUCUUAUGUAACUAUGGUUUCCACUACCAAUAUCCCACUUGCUGACUAUCUCGCAGCUGCAUCUGCUGUUCCUGCUGCUCCUGCUGCUCCUGUUGCAAAUAAGGCAGUCGAACUUCCUGGAGCUUCAACUUCUGCUGGUACUACCUCCAGUUCCAGUGUUGGUUCUAGACUUGUUGGUUGGUUAGAUAGUUUCUUUGGUUUAGGGGGAACAUCUAACACUCCAACCACUACUUCCGCAGCACCUGUUGCCCCUGCAGCACCUGUUUCAGCCCCUUCCCCUCUGGAAGUGGCAACCCCUGUAGUUUCAGCAGGUCUUGCUGCCGGUCCAGUAAGCCUGGAUGAUUCUCAAUAUACCUAUAGUGGGCCAGUUCCCACGGAAACAGUUAAUUGGUGGGAUAACUUAUUUGCUGAUGAAUCAGGAACAGCCUCUGCAAAUGCUGCUCCGACGGGUGGCCUUAGUAUUAAUAUUGGCUAUUCAGCUUCAAUUGUAGCCUCUGGCAUCAUCCCAUCAGUUUCUAUCGCUACAUCUACUGGCUCAGUUCCUUCUGGUGGCUCCUCUAGUCCUGGUGAUUAUGGAGAAUACAACGGAAUUGUCGAAUAUGCUACCAAAGCUAAGGGUGUUACAUACUCUCCAUAUAUUAAGAGUGGGUCGUGUAAAUCUGCCCAGCAAGUUGCCAAUGAUUUUGAAAAACUUGCUCCAUUUUCUCUCAUUCGUCUUUAUAGUACUGAUUGUUCUUGUGUUGAAAACACAUUGGCUGCAAUUUCUUCAUCUCAAAAGUUAUUUUUGGGGAUUUAUAACAUUGAUUCCAACACUAUUACCUCCGGUUUACAAACUAUCAAGUCUGCUGUGGAAGCUUCAUCUCGUGGAUGGAGUGCUGUGGAUACAAUCUCUAUUGGUAAUGAACAAGUUAAUGAUGGUAAGGCAACUGUCCAGGAUAUUCAAACUGCAUUGAACACAGCUAGAUCAUGGCUCAAGUCCAAUGCACCUCAAUAUCUGGGUUCUGUGGUGACUGUUGACACAUUGGUUGCAGUUAAAAAUAACCCAGGAUUGUGUGAUCUUUCAGAUUACCUUGCAGUGAAUUGCCAUCCUUAUUGGGAUGGUAGUGUUCAACCAUCUAAUGCUGGCCCAUGGUUACAAAAUCAAAUUUCUGGACUUCAAGCUGUUUGUGGCAACUCGAAGGAGGUCUUUAUUACUGAAACCGGCUGGCCAAAUAAGGGUAGCAACUUUGGUAGUUGUGUUCCAUCUGUAGCUAAUGAGGAAGCAGCAUUCAAAAGUAUUUCUGGUGUUACCACCAAUUAUCUUGCAUUUACCACGUAUAACGAUCCUUGGAAACCAGCAGGACAAUAUGGUGUGGAGCUGAACUGGGGUAUAUUUGGAGAAUCUCCAGAAUAG